GCGCCGCGCGCGGACAGCAGCGCCCCGGGCGCCGAGAUCCGCGACCUCGACGUCUCCGGCGCGCUGGACCCGCGCUUCACCUUCGACAAGUUCAUCGCCGGCAAGCCGAACGAGCUGGCCUAUGCCGCCGCCCGGCGCAUCGCCGAGGCCGAGGCCGUGCCCUUCAACCCGCUGUUCCUCUAUGGCGGCGUCGGGCUCGGCAAGACCCACCUGAUGCACGCCAUCGCCUGGCACCUGCGCCAGCAUCGGCCGGACAAGCGGGUCAUCUACCUCUCGGCCGAAAAGUUCAUGUACCAGUUCAUCCGCGCCCUGCGGACCAAGGACACGGUGGCCUUCAAGGAGCAGUUCCGCUCGGUCGACGAGGAGUUCUUCCACACCUUCAACGCGCUGGUGGACCAGAACCGCCAGGUGGUGAUCUCGGCCGACAAGAGCCCGAGCGACCUGGAGGGCGUGCAGGAGCGCAUGAAGUCGCGCCUGGGCUGGGGCCUGGUGGCCGACAUCCACCCCACCACCUACGAGCUGCGCUUGGGCAUCCUGGAGUCGAAGGCCGAGACCGUGGGCGUGACCAUCCCGCGCCGCGUCCUGGAGUUCCUGGCGCACAAGAUCACCUCCAACGUGCGCGAGCUGGAGGGGGCGCUGAACCGCAUCGUCGCCCACGCCACCCUGGUCGGCCGUCCGGUCACCCUGGAGACCACCCAGGAGGUGCUGACCGACCUGCUGCGCGCCAACGACCGCCGCGUGACGAUCGAGGAGAUCCAGCGCAAGGUGGCCGAGCACUUCAACAUCCGCAUCACCGAUAUGCACUCGGCCCGUCGUGCCCGGUCGGUCGCCCGGCCGCGUCAGGUCGCCAUGUACCUGGCCAAGCAGCUCACCAGCCGCUCGCUGCCGGAGAUCGGCCGCAAGUUCGGCGGCCGCGAUCACACCACGGUGAUGCACGCGGUCAAGAAGGUGGAGGAGCUGAAGGGCACCGACCACCGCUUCGCCGAGGACGUCGAGCUGCUGCGGCGCAUGCUGGAGGGCUGA